AUGAGUUUCCAUGAGAAAAGAGAGAAUGAAGACACCUCCAGUGACUCCAGUUCGAGGAGUAUGGAGAUGAAAAGAUUUGCAUCCAACAAUCAGAUCCACAUCAUUAAAGAUAGACCUGAAGCUAUUCUUCAGAAAUUCAAAGACCAACAAAAAAGCAACAUGAAAAAGAAGUAUGAACACUUCUUUGAGGGAAAUAAACUACAAGGAAAUGAAACCCUCUUGAACAGAAUCUACACACAGCUCUACAUCAUAGAAGGAGAGAGACAAGGAGUGAAUGAAGAACAUGAGGUUUUACAGAUGGAGAAAACACCCAGAACACAACACAAUCCAAUCAGCUGUAAUGAGAUCUUUAAACCAUUACCUGAACCAGGAUGUGAAGAGAAAGAGAAAAUCAAGACUGUUCUUACUAAAGGCAUUGCUGGAAUUGGAAAAACUGUCUCUGUGCAGAAGUUCAUUCUGGACUGGGCCGAGGGAAAAGACAAUCAGGAUGUAGAUUUCAUGUUUGUGUUUCCAUUUCGAGAGCUGAACUUGAUUCAACAUCAUCAGUACAGUCUUCACAGACUUCUGCUGGACUUCCAUACUGGGCUUCAAGAUCUGGACUCAAAGAUUUAUGAGGAUUGUAAAGUUGUGUUCAUCCUAGAUGGUCUGGAUGAAAGCAGAAUCACGCUGAUGUUCUCAGAUGAUGAGAAAGUUUGUGAUGUGAAUGAAUCUUCAUCAGUGGGUGUGUUGAUGUCAAACCUCAUCAGAGGAGAUCUGCUUCCCUCUGCUCUCAUCUGGAUCACCUCCAGACCAGCAGCAACCAAUCAGAUCCCCUCCAAAUACAUUAACCGUGUGACAGAAAUUCAGGGUUUUAAUGACCCUCAAAAAGAGGAAUAUUUCAGGAAGAGAAUUAGUGACCAGGAUCAAGCCAGCAGAAUAAUCUUACACAUCAGAAGAGCAAGAAGCCUCCACAUCAUGUGCCACAUCCCUGUCUUCUGCUGGAUCUCAUCCACUGUGCUUCAAAACCUCCUGAAAAAAGAUCUCAGUGCAGAAAUCCCUCAAACUCUGACUGAAAUGUACAUCCACUUUCUGCUGAUUCAGAUUAAGAGAAAGUCUGAUGAAAGUGUAACUCCAGAGAAACUCCUGAAAUCUGACAGAGAAGUGAUUGUGAAACUUGCUGAAGUGGCUUUCAAUCAGCUGAUGAAGGGCAAUGUGAUUUUCUAUGAGGAGGACCUGAUUGAGAGCGGCAUAGACAUCACUGACGCCUCAGUGUUUUCUGAGAUUUGCACUGAGAUCUUGAAGGAAGAAUCAGUGAUUCAUCAGAGGAAAGUCUACUGCUUCAUUCAUCUGAGCGUUCAAGAGUUUUUUGCUGCUUUCUAUGUCUUUUAUUGCUAUUUAAGCAUCACAAUGAAAGCUCUGAAAGUUUUUGAUUCAAUGCACAAUUUGCAUAAAGGUGCAGUAGAUAAAUCUUUAGAAAGUAAAAAUGGACACCUGGAUCUGUUCCUGCGGUUCUUGCUGGGCAUCUCACUGGAGUCCAAUCAGAGACUCUUAGGGGAUCUGCUGACACACACAGAAAACAGCUCAGAGAGCAUCAAUAAAACCACACUUUACAUUAAAGAGAAGAUCAAAGAUGGACAAGCCGUCUCCACUGAAAGAGCCAUCAAUUUGUUCCUCUGUAUGCUGGAAGUGAAGGAUCAGACUCUGUCCAGAGAGAUUCAGGAGUUUAUGAAAUCAGACAAACACUCAGAGAAGAAACUCUCUCCAUCUCACUGCUCAGCAAUCGCCUACAUGCUUCAGAUGUCAGAGGAAGUGCUGGAUGAGCUGGAUCUCAAGAAAUACAACACAUCAGAUGAAGGUAGAAGAAGACUGAUAUCAGCUGUGAUCAACUGCAGAAAAGCUCUUUUUACUGGCUGUAAUCUCACUGAUGAACAUUGUAAGAUUGUGUCAUCUGCUCUACAAUCGUCAAACUCUGUCCUUAGAGAGCUGGAUCUGAGUAACAAUGACUUGCAGGAUUCAGGAGUGAAGUUGCUUUCUGAUGGACUGAAGAGUCAAAAGUCUCUGAGCUCAAACCCUACACACCUGAGAGAGCUGGAUCUGAGCUACAAUCACCCAGGACAAUCAGGAGUCCAGCUUCGCUCUCAAAUAAAGACACUCAAGUAUGUGGGGUUCAAGUUUAGAAAUAAUGUGUGCAGCAAGAGCCCACACUUCACAUCUCUGCAUACAAUCCACUGA